CGCGCGGGGGCUCAGCUCCCGGCUGCCCCGCCCGGCCCCGUGCCGCGGCAGCCACUGGGACACGGCGCUGCUGGCCGGGACGGCGUCGCUGCCCGCCAGGUGAGCGCAGCGCCCUGUGGCGCCUUACGGACCCGUCGCCGAACGUCGCGCUCCGGUGUCUCCGUUUCGUGUUGAUGUAAUUCAGCUGAAAGCAUCCCGCCAGGCAGCGGCCGCCCUCGGAGAGGCCGCUUCGCAUCAGGAAGGUUCUUUGUGCGCGCGUGGGCCCGCAGCGCUUUGUGCACGCGUGCGGGCCUGCUGUGGUCACUGGAGCUGCGAAGUGGGAACUGGGAGUGCUUUUGCUGCAGUAUGAGUCUGUGCGGUGGCACAGGAGCACAACCAAAGAAGAAAAAGAAAGUGGAUCCAAAGAGAGAGCAAGCACAGAAGGAUCGUGUGAAAAAGAAGAUUAAAAAGUUGGAAAAAGCUGCUCCAGAACUGAUUCCCAUUGAGGAUUUUGAAACCCCAGUGAAGUUUUCAGAUAGCAACAGGGUGCGAAGCCUUCCUCCUCUCUCAUUUGAGGAGACCGAAAGAAGAGUUUUACUUAUGAAAAAGUGGUCUCUGUAUAAGCAGCAACAAGACAAGGCAGAGAAGGAAGCAAUUCGGAGCCUCGUAGAAGCUCAGCAAGAGGCACUACAAGAACUGCGCCUGGAAUCUGAGGAGCUCUACCAGGCAGCAGUCAGACGGGACGAGGAGCUGUUCCCCUUUGAGAGAGACGGACCUGAUUAUACCCCAGCACUUCCUGGUUAUGAUCCUCCUGAAGGAAAGUGCAUCGAUAUCACCAAGGUGUACACGCAGUGAUGGGGUUCCUUUUCACCUGGCGUGAGCUGCUCGGCCGACUGAAGGAUGGAAUGAGAACUGCUGGUUCCUUUGGCAUGUUCAAACACAGUAGGCGUGUGACUGUAAAAACUAAUGAAUAGAAAAUCC